AUGGCAUCCACCGAGUCAUCCGGCCCCGUCAACGGCAACUACGCGCCGCAGCAGUACGAGAACAGCUACUCCACCGGCGCCUCCAACUUCACACCCUCGCAGCAGCCCACGCCCAGCCAGCCCGCACAGCAAGCCGCCGCCUCAGAGAUCCCCAAGGACGAGGUCGGCUGGUACUUUGUCGAGCAGUACUACACCACCCUGAGCAAGAGCCCGGACCGACUCUACCUUUUCUACAACAAGCGCUCCCAGUAUGUUUCCGGUGUCGAGGAGGACAAGGUCAACGUCUGCCUAGGCCAGAAGGCCAUCAACGAGCGCAUCAAGGAGCUUGAGUUCAAGGACACCAAGGUCCGCGUUACCAACGUCGACUCGCAGGGCUCCGAUGCCAACAUCGUCAUCCAAGUCAUCGGCGAGAUCUCCAACCAAGGCCAGCCCCACAAGCGCUUCGUGCAGACCUUUGUCCUCGCCGAGCAGACCAACGGCUACUUCGUCCUCAACGACAUCUUCCGCUACCUUGCCGACGAGCCCGAGGAGGACGAGGACCAGCAAGAGCAGGCCGCGCCCCCCAACGGUGUCACGGAGCCCGCUCCCACCGCUGCCGUCCCCGAGAAUGCCGACCUCAACCAGAGCGACGAGAUCGCGACCAGCGAGGAGGACCUGAACAAGGUGGACAACAAGCUACACCAGGCCGCGCAAGAGGAGCCGUCUGUCGAGGAGGUCGCGCCUGCUGCCCCGGCUCAACAGGUUCCAGAGGAGAUUGAGCAGCCCGCUGCUGAGGAGGCACCUGCUGCUGUCGAGGAGAAGGCCGCAGAGCCAACCCCCGCCGCUGAGGAGACCGCCGAGCCCGAGAAGCCUGCCGCUGCCGCCCCGGCCUCCGCCCAAAAGGCUGCCCCCGUUGCCAUGCCCUCUGGUCCCCCCAAGCCUGCCGCUCCCCGAACUUGGGCCAGCCUCGCCGCCUCUGCACACAAGGUCGCUACUCCCGUCGUCAACGCCCCCGCCGCUCAGCAAGCUCCUUCGCAGCCCAAGGCCGCUGCCGCCGCUCCUGCUCAAGCCGCUGCUGCUGCACCCAGCCAGACCUCAGCACCUGCUCGUGACCAAUCCCCCGCGACAAGCCAGGGCGAGGCUGCUGGCUGGCAAACAGCCACUGGACACAAGAAGGAGCAGUCCCGCGCACAGAACGCAGGACCCGCCGCCGACCCUGACCAGAAGCGCGCUUACAUCAAGAACGUCUACAGCCAGGUCGACGACGCUGCUCUGAAGACUGCCCUGACCAAGUACGGCGAGAUCGAGUACCUUGACAUCAGCCGUGGCAAGAACUGUGCUUUCGUCGACUUCAAGACACCCGCUGGCUUCCAAGCUGCCGUCGCAGCCAACCCCCACACGAUCAACGGCAUUGAGAUCAAGGUCGAGGAACGCCGCCAGAACCCCGGCCAGUUCAACAGGGGAGGAGGAUUCCCUCGUGGCGGUGCUCCUCGCGGCGGCCGUGGCGGUAUGGGUGGUCAAGCACCCCGUGGCAACUUCCAACCUCGGGGACGCGGUGGACCCAUGCGUGGCGGUCGCGGCGGUGCUGCUCCUCAGGAAUCAUAG